AUCUUGGAAGUGUUGGUAAGUUGUGCACAUGACCUAUUCAGAGAAACAAUCUUCAAAUAGCUACUUGAUUAUUUAUUUUACCAAUUAGUAAUACUGCAAAUAAAUAUCUGUUUGGUUUACAUAAGGAACUGAGUAAAGUAUAGGAACAUUGUUACUUCACAAAGAUUAAAUUGGUAUAGGAUGAUAUUGACUCCCUUUGUUUGAUUCCUGUUUUCUCCUUCAAUUGUGAAUAGGGAGCUUCUUAAAAACUUCCCAAGUUUUAAUCAAAUUUCACCAAUACAUUCUAUAUAAAAAUGAACUCGAUAGACAGUAUCGAUAUAUACUUCUAAUUAUUUAUUGUUACAAAUCAUAUAAAAUCUUAAUUAGCGCGUUUAGUAAAGUCACAAAGGGAUGUUUUGUGUUGUUUAUUAAGGCAUUUAAUCAAACACGUUCUUUAUAGGAAUGUUGCAGAGGUAAUGGAUCAAUUUUCUGUGAUUAACUGUUAGGUAACGCAGAAAUGGGUUGAUUCUUUUUAUUUUUUUACCAUUUAUUUGUUGGGUGCGAAAUGAUGAGCCCUGGGGACAGAACGUGUAAGAAAAGUGAACUGCGCAAAAGAGGUCAAACUAACACUGCUGAAAUUUUAAAAUGUUUUGAGGAGAUGUUGAAAGAGGGCUCUGCCUCUGCCUUAACUCUUGAAAACUGUAAGCUGCAAUAUAAAUAGAUAGAUUGAUGAGUGGUGUGAAAUACUAAGGAACUCAAGAGAGAAAGAGAAUAUAUCAAGUGUACACACCAUAUAUACACAUAUAGAAGAAUACUAUUCUGUUAUGGAUACUACUAAUACGACUGUGAAUCCCGUUAACUUGGCCGGAUAUACAGAAUCCGCAGCUCCAUUGUUGCAAAUUUACUAUAGGUGUGAGCGUCGUAUGAGUGACAAUGAUGAGUUGCCGGAAGGAAGUGCAGAACGCAAGCAAUUCGCUGUGAGUGUAUGUGGAAACUAUAAAAAUCUUUUUAUCAAGCUGGGUGAUUUUGGAUCUACUGCAUUUCACUUGGCAGUGCGUAAUGAUAGCACUGAAAUGCUUGAGGCCCUCAUCGAGGCAGCGAGACGUUUGCCUCCUCCUUCUUCAACUAAUGAUGAUCCCCAAACGACUACUCUUGAAACUAUACUGAGGCGAGGUGAUCGAUGGGGCACCACUGCCUUACACGCAGCAGUGAUGGUUGAUAAAUUUGAGCAUGCCAGGCUGUUAGCAGAGGCAGAUCCAAAUUAUAGACAUAUGCAAGGUGAAUUAUCUCAUCUCUGUACUGCUGCUAGUCUUGGCUACCUGAACAUUGUUAAGAUGAUCGCUGAAACAUGCACAGCUCCGGCGGUAGAUGGUGCUUUGAUCGCUGUUAUUCCCCACCUGCCUGAAGGUAUUCAAUAUACAUGAUCAUAUUCAGUAUUCAUGUCUGUUCCAAUAAAUUUGCUUGCUUAGAUCAGGCACCCAAUAUCAGUCUUCAUUUUUCUAUGAUCUAACAUAUAUAUAACUAUAUAAGUAUACUAAAAGGAUAGGAUAGAUUUGAAGCUAACACACUGUUUAUACGGCGUCGCCUUGGCAACAAGAAGGUGAAAAAGUCCAUGACAUCUUCCUCGUCAGUCUGCUUCUUAUAUAGCGUCACGUCCAUACGUCGUUUAAGAUCGCUAUGGCGCCAGGAUCAGCCCAAAAAUUAAUAAUGAAAAGUGGCCUAAUAGACCCAGACUAUUAUAUGUUAUAACCUAAAUACUAAAAUUGAAGUCUGUCAUGUAAUACGACUCAAGUAUUCCACCAGGUACUUAAUUUUCCUAUUAUCUUUUCUUAGUUUUUAUCUUCUUCUUUUUCACUUUUUUAAUAUACUUAAUUACCUAUAUUUAUUAGUAAUUACACAGUGGACACCACAUGUUUGAUAAUAUUCCUAUAUGUAUAUCAAGAAUGUUUGUUAAUAUUUACGCUAUUUUAUAUAUAAUUUAUGCAUAUAAUAUUAUAUUAUACUAUAUAUAUUAUCUAUAUUAAAUAUAUCAGAUCAAAUAUAACUCCUAGUCCAUCAUAAUGUCCGCCGUGGCGUCCUGACCCUCUACGUUUGUCGUGUCGCCAUUACGUCAUAUAAAUACUGAGCUAACAUUUAAGUACUUGCAGGGUAUAGCGUAAGUAGUGAUAUAGUUGAGUCGAUCAUUGAGCAGGCAGAAGACAUUAUCAUUCAACCGAUCCAACAGAUCACCGCUUUUUAGAUUUUAUCCAACAGGCUCAUAUGAAGAGCAAGAACACUGCCUUGCACUUGGCAGUUAUGGGAAACCACCUGGGCGUUGUUAGGCAGAUUUUGAUGGCAAAUCCGUCGUAUAUAUGUGACAAUAACAACAGGGAGCUCAAGACUCCAAUCUAUAUUGCUGCCGAAAGGGGAUACAAGGAUAUAGUCCGAGAAUUGGCCGACAAUUAUUCCCGAUCACGGACUUGUUCAGCAGGUCCUCGAUGUCAAACGGUUUUGCAUGCUGCUGUUUUAGGGCGCGAUAAAGGCUGUGUGGAAUUGGUUGUAAAUGAUUCUGCAAUGCAACGUCUUCCUUACAUUAAGGAUGACGAUGGUUGGACACCACUUCACCAUGCGUCGCAUUCCAAGUUUGAUUCAGUAAUAGACAUAUUAGGAAAAAUAUUCCAAGAAAGUGGUAUUUCACAGUACACUAAUCCUGCUUCAGAUUUCUAUUGAGAGGCACGAUCGCCACUUUGGCUGGCAAUAGAACAAGGACAUACUUCUACAACAGUAGAAAUUAUCAAAGUACUGCCGAGUUUAUAUGUGGAGGUGGAUCCUGAAAGCAGACAGAAUAUACUGCACUUGGCAGCCGAAAAGAAUGACAAGCAAACGGUUCAAGCUAUUUUAAGAACUUGUCCUCCAGAAUAUCUUCGCAAGAUCUUGAAUGGCAGAGACAUAAACAAGAACACACCUCUGCAUUUGCUCAUCGCCAAAGGUUGGUUAAUUAAACAACUCAUUGAGCAUGAACAAAUUGAUAAAACAGCGAGGAACCAUCAAAACUGCAUUCCGUUCGACAUGUUAUAUGACCAAGAUGAUAUUGUAGCUGAUCAGUUAGCUAUUAAAAGAGUCCUUGAUGAAGCUAAACAGAAUUCAAGCUUUUGGAUUUGGAGAAGGUCGAGUUCCAAUAUGAAUACGCAGGAAAGUUCCGUCCCUCCAUGGAGAAGAUCGGAAAAAGAUGUUAAAUUUAAGAUAGCCAAUGAAAAAUUGAUGAAAGCGAAAGUUCUGCGAUACAGGGAAAGGACUAACACUCAGAUCAUAGUUACCGCUCUUAUAACAACGGUCACUUUUACAGUAGGUUUUACUAUGCCAGGUGGAUAUUACCAAAGUGGUGAGUCGAAUCAAAAGGGUGAAUUGAGACAAGGAUCAGUUCUUCUUGCAAAGGAGACGGCUUUCAAGGCUUUUAUAGUAUCAGAUGCAAUAGCUUUGGCACUGUCAACCACUUCUCUUUUCCUCUACUUCAUUUCAAGUAUGUAUGAAGAUCCCCGCCAUGUAUCAAAGCUCAAUGCUAUAUCAACAGUACUCAACAUUUUUUCUAUCGUCGCAAUGAUGCUGACAUUUAUCUCUGGAAUAUAUGCUGUGCUAUCUCACUCACCGGCCCUUGCUCUUGCCAUUUGCCUAAUUUGUUCCACUUUCUUUGGCUGCAUAGUUCUUCUGUUGAUCAAGUUGGGAUAUGAUCGCAAGAAAUUGAAAGACAGUCUCGCUUGAGUGUUUGUUAUUUUGAGUCAAUUAUUUCUAGGAAAAUGCUAGGUACCCAAAAUGUGUUCCCAAAUUUAUUUCCCACAUCCAAGUGGCAUUGUAUGAUUGGCCACUCUCACAUUAGUAAUAAUGCUAUCCAUGUAUGUACAUCAACCACCCAAUUAAAAAUAACCACAUGUCUGCCACGUCAUUUGGGAAAAGGUUUUGGGAACAAAUUUUGGGGUACGUAACAUUACCCUUUCUUCUGUGUGAGCAAAUUAGACUCUGAUCACUCUGUGAGUGCUAAUUCAAUAUCUCUACUCCUGCCAUGGUCUUUGUACACACUUUUGCUCUCUAAGAUGGUUUAUGUGUAGUUGCGUAUCUCUCUUAACGACACUUGCACUUGCAGUGUAACAUGAUCUCUCCUACCCUCUUGCAUUCGAGCAACCGGAUUGAUCCCAUCCUGGAUUAAGCAGUAUCCUAUCCAAUUGACUACAUUUACAGUCGGGGCCAUAUACCAGGUAUAUUUAUAGUUGGAACAUUUGACUUCCCACAAAUUAUUAUUGACUAUGAAUCCAUAUCCAGUGAUUUGAGAUUUGAUGAUAAUUCACUGAAAACUUUGAGAGGUCCCAAGAUGUAAUCAGGCCUCCAGAAAGGCCAUGAGACGGUACGAAUAGCCACCCAU